UAAUCUGUUGCCAGCUCCCUCCCAUUUCCAUUUUCCCAUUAAAAUUCCAAACUUUCACAACUUCCAAGAGCCCCCCUAUUUAAGCAUUGCCAUUCUCUCCAUUUCUCUUUCUGAUCCCCAAAUCUCCAUUCACUCCCCAGCUUUCUUUUUGCUUAAAAAAAAAAAAAAAGAGCCCAUUUCUUUUUCUUCCUUUCCCAUUUCAAAAGCAGCAACAAUGGCUUCCUAUACCAUUGUUCUGCUUUCAUUAUUCAUUUCUUGCUUCUCCAUUCUUUUGCUUUCUUUAACCUUAUCUUCGGUACUGCUGGUUUCCAUUACAACUGCAGGAAGCUUCCACCAACAUAUAAACAUCAACUGGGGUGAAGAGAGAGCUCAAAUUCUUGAAAGUGGUCAACUUGUAACGCUAACUCUGGACCAGUAUUCUGGCUCUGGAUUUCAAUCCAAAGAUGAGUACUUGUUUGGCAGGAUUGAUGUGCAACUCAAACUUGUUUCUGGCGAUUCUGCCGGCACCGUCACGGCAUUUUAUUUGUCUUCUCAAGGGCCAGCCCAUGACGAGAUCGAUUUUGAGUUCUUGGGUAAUGUGUCAGGGGAGCCUUAUAUUGUCCACACGAAUAUGUAUACAGAGGGGCACGCAGGCAGGGAAGAGCAAUUCUACUUGUGGUUUGAUCCUAGACAAGAUUUCCACACAUAUUCAAUCAUAUGGAAUCCAGGAAGGGUCAUAUGGUUAGUAGAUGACAUUCCUAUAAGAGAAUAUACUAAUCAUGGAUCAAAAGGAGUACCAUACCCAAGUAGGAGACCUAUGAGGCUCUAUUCAAGUAUAUGGAAUGCUGAUAGCUGGGCUACACAAAAUGGGAAAAUCAAGACUGAUUGGACAAAGGCUCCUUUUACAGCUUCCUAUAGGAACCUGAAGAUUGAUGCUUGUGUUUGGGAAUCUACAUCUUCCUGUGAAUCUGAGGAGUCCACCAAUUCCCCACCAUCAAAACCAUGGAUGAAGCAACAGUUGGAUGAUGGUGGCAAAAUGAAUCUGCAGUGGGUGCGAAAGAAGUACAUGGUCUACGAUUACUGCGUAGACUAUAAGAAGUUCGUAUAUGGCAUCCCACUUGAAUGCAAGCUGCGAAAAAUGCCUGGCUAGGCUCCUGGUGCAGAUUAUUGAUUCUACAUUUCCAAAAUUUUGUGAUUCUAUGGUGGGAAAAUUGUAAAUAACAGGUGCAUUCGCAAUAUUUUUGAUUCGAUUAUUUUGUGUACAUGUAAGAGAGACAGUUGAUUCAGUUGCUCAAUAGUACCUCAAUUUUUUGUA